CGUCACAUCUCAUCCUCGUACAUUAUAUCCAUAUCCAUACAUAAUAUCCAUAACCCCCCAUAACACCAAUAACACCCAUGCUUCUCUAUGCACAAGUACUCUACACUACUCUACACUAAUCUUCAUUCUGUUUGCAAUCUGCUGUGAUCGGCGUUCAUAUACCCUUCUGGAUACAAGUCUACGGAUAACUGCCAAAUCCGCGCUUAACUGCGCCCAAUCGAGAAAUGAGAUGAAAGGAAAACGAAUGGGUAGGAUAGCCAUGAAAGACCAGCAUGGGCCGGACAAGGACCAGGGGGUCGUCGUCUCCAUUCUCUCCAAUUCGAGAUACUCUGGACGAGGGAGUAUACUAUACAGACAGGACUCCAUCCUUCCUGCCGCUGCCUGCAUAUACAUAUGACUGGACCAUUUGCUCUUUCCUUCUGCAGCGUUGUCUCACGGCAUGAUUUGAACUGAUUGACCUGCUUGCUUCAACUGCAUCGCAUACGCAUACAUACGUACACUUACACGGCUGGCCUCUUUUUUUCUCCGACCAUACACAAGCCAGGCCGUGUCCGGAUUCCCUCCUCGAACCUACAAAGCUACAUAUGCCCGCCGUUGUGAGCUGUCAGUUACCCGUCUCAGCUCUUUCCCCAUAACCAGCAACCAUCGCUUUGCCACGAGUCGAUAGCUUCAAACCAAUACUCCACGACUACACUAUCGGCUUAAAAAAACGCGGGAAACCCCACAUCGUUGCAGGAGAGUCGAUUCUGUCAGCCCAGCUUCCUGCUUUUUGGCAGUGGUCAUAUUUAUCCCCAAUCAUGUCGGUCUUGCAUCUAGAUUCUCUCGCCAAUUCGGGUCUUCAUAAUACGCAGCAUAUCCCACUCCGAUCCUUUUACACCUCCGCCGCUCUCUCUUUAUCCAUCCCCUCGAAUAUCGACUCGAACCGCCCCAGCCGUGGUGAGAUGUUUGCCGAGUUCGCUGGUCGACCAUAUUCAUCAAGCGCAUCCUCUGUCCCAGCGGGACCACGACUUCCUGGACCAUCACGACGAAAGAACUUGAGCGAGAUGAUCGGAAUAACGAGCGAGGAGGAGUUUGAACGCCUCCCAAUUGCUGUUCGACGCAAGUAUUUCUCGACAUUAGAAAGACUGCGACUUUCCCAGAAUUCUUCGUCGGCGCCUAGCGACUUCGACUUUCCAGUCUCUAGAAAACGCCCCGUUGCACAACGACGACUACGAAAAAAGUCAAUCGCGAAAUCAAUUCCACAACCCUUUACUCUCCUGUCCAACUCCCAACAAUUACGAGGGUCUCGAUCAAAACCUGUCACUGCUGCAGAGGUUGCCUGGUUUAUGUCAUUGCCAGACAAGAUUCGCAGAAAACAAUUCACAAAAGAAGAGCAACUUCACUUCACCAGCCGGCGAGAUAGCGUUAUCCUCGACGCAGCGGACGAGGCCAUUUACAAAUCCAGUCGUCGGAAUAGGACCGUUACUCCCAUAAGCCAACUGCCACCAAGUCCGACACGAUUAAGUAUGGAUUCGUCAAUUAGAAGUGUAAUGUCGGAACGCCCCACCAGCAUCGCACUAGCAAUGGAGGAGAGCUUCCGGUGGAUCGAUGAAGAUAACGACUUGGACCUUCGACUAGUUCUCGAUGAUUAUCACGCAAAUCUUCCAGGAACGGUCAUCCCCGACCCCUCAUCAUCCGUUCGCCCCUCUUUUCGCCGUCACAUCUCCAUCAGCAAGAGUCCUUUCGGCCGCUCAUCACUCUCAUCUCCGGCACGUGCCGCUUCAGUUUCCGGUUCGUCGCAGCCACCGCCAACGCCCUCUAGGGCACCCUCAAGAACGCUCUCCAGAGCAGCCUCCCAAAGCCAAAGCCACACCCGGCAACGGUCUAGGGCCGUGUCUCUCAUAAGCCCGAGGUACACACCAGAAUCGCCUCGAAUGUCCAUAGAUCCAUAUGCGACCCACUACCAAGACCCGGAAGCUCGCCUGAAGCUUCGCGUCUACCUUGCCUCUCCCCAGAAGUUCGAUGAAGCCAUCGAGUUCGGUUUCCCUAGCACAGACGGUGUUUCGGAUCCAUCUGCGGAAAAGAAAGUAAAACAUCUUCCGAACAUCCGCGUCACACGGGACCGCGCCCACACGGUCCGUCCCGCAGUCCUCGCCCCGAGUCCGCACACAUUCUUCGACGAUGUUGGUAGUCUCCUGGACGACGAUGUGUCGAUGCCCGACCUCGACUCACCGCUCACGCCAAUGGAUGGUAGCUUCCAAGCUCACCGUGGGAGCCACGGGAGGCUGAUGAGCCUCGGCGGUUCCGGUGCUGACGAGUUCUUGCACCUGGGGAUCCGCAAGCCCAUGCUGCACAAGCACCACGAGAGCUACAGCCUGGCGAGCGCGGGAAGCCGAGAGAUGACCCUGCGGAUGACUCUUACACGUCCUGAUCUCAGGGCAGAUGAGGGUACGCUCUACGGAUGGCAGGGGCAAGGGCACGGGCUGGGAUUGGGAAUUAAGGAGAAGAACAAGAGCCAAAUUACCCUGGACUCUCUUCCCAUGGAGGAGAAGCUUCCCAUCAUGCGCGGACCCCUAGAGGGACCAGAUGGCUGGGGCCUGCAAGACAAAGACGACAGCGUCGUCAAGCGGCUAUGGAACCGCGUCCGCAGCAGCCAACGGAAAUCAAGCACUGGCUCUGGAUACUUAGCCUAGACGGCGCCUCAGAGAGAGUUUUUACGGUGGUUUCUGGUGGGGACAAAUUAUGAGCAUUUUUAGCGAGUUUUUGAUUAUCUUUACAAUUUUUUUUACGGCCAGCGGUUCGCGAUACCCCCGAUUUUAUUUUUGGGAAAAGACCACUCUUUUACUGGGAUACUUGUUUUUCCUUGCUGCGUUUUUGGGUAGGGGGGGUUUUGGAGCGGGGUCAAAUGCGAUCCAUUGUACAGUAUCAAUAGCCAGUGCGGCACCCGAGUGUCAUGGAAACUCUCCUUAUUUGUGUUUUUUUUGGGGGGCCCAGGGAGGGAAAGCCGAUGCGGCAGCAGCAGUUCGUUUGGACACGUCUUUGUCCGUCUGAUGGAUGGCCAUGGGGUUGGGUUUGGGUUACAUACCGAACAGCAAGGGGGGGUGAUGACAUAUAUAAAGUACAUAGUAAAAGUAGUUUCUAAUCAUCAAGACUUUUUGUCACGC